GAAUCGACCAACCACUGCCGCUAUGAACUAUGAGAAUGAUCAUGAAUUGAGAAAUACCCAAGCUUUCUGUGGCCUUGAGAAUGGUGACCAAAAUAGAGUUCGAGUUGAAAAGGAUAUGCAUCCAGCACCCGAUAGCGACCAAGCUUCA